UUCUUCUUCUUCUUCUUCUUCUUCUUCUUCUUCUUCUUCUUCUUCUUCUUCUUCUUCUUCUUCUUUACCUAAGCUGUCCCCCUGGCCGGGGCCCGCCUGCGGAAAGGAGAGAGGAAGGACAAGCAGCACCGCGUGAGGGACGGGCGGGAGGCUCCAAGCGAAGGCGUUGCCGUUCCCUAGUAUCCAUGGUUAGGUACCGAGCAUGUACUACGUCGUAUGCCCAUCCCAUGUGGGGCCUUGUGCUCUGCGUUGGGAGUGGGAGAGGUACCAUGGAGGUAGCUCCAGCUCGGCCCCUUGCCCGGGGGAUCCACAGCACUCUAAGGCGGGUCUCUCGCUGCGGCCCUCCAGCAAGGCGGGCACCGGCGGUGGUGGUGGUCGAUGUUCGAUCGCUUGCGAAAUCUCGAUCCCGCCUCAGAAUGCUCGGGGGCCAUCAAGACAGCAAUUGCUACUCUCAACCGAAACCCAUGCAGGCAUACCUCCUAUAUUCACACACACAUCACACACAUACACACACACAGACAUACACAGACCUACCCAUCUACACAUACACAUACACACACACAUACAUACCUAUGUAUACACAUAUACACGCAUUAUCCACGCACGUUUUGCACCCGCACUCGCCGCCGCUCGCCGCCGCGAUUUGGUAUCCGGUCUGGUAGACCCGCGCCCCCCUGCCCUCCCCUCCUCUCCCGAUCUUCCCUGCUGGCUUUACACACCCUGGAUCCGUUCGAGAUGGCAUCGUUGUUUUUCUUAUUUUCCUACUUUCCAUCCGCAUGACAUCAUUACCUUCUCCCUGUUUCGUCCCGUUUCUUUUACACGCGCCGAUCCCCCGGCCCGGCAUCACUGGCCCGCCUCUCGGCCAGAUACGCAUCUUUUGUCUUUUUUCCUUUUUUUUUUUUGAUUCAUUAAUUCUUUCCCUUCCUUCCUUACGCUCUGUCAGGACCCGACGCUCGACUCCGACGCAUACGCUUCGUGUCACCACGUUGUCGGGUCUGGUACAGG